UCUAGAGUACGCAAUUAGCAAGAUAGAUCCGUGCUCCAUGGACAAACAUGAUACAACUGCUUUUGUCGUUGCAUGCAGCCUGCUUGGUGCAUGUACUUUACUGGGCCCAAGACAAUCAGUUUCGUCCAUUCCUGAUGAACUACUAGCCUUAGUUCAAGAGCCAUGGGCAAUAGGUGAGUACAACAUGGCGCGAUACUCCAUAGACGUGCUCAGGAUAUCUGCAAAUAGAUAUCCAGAGGGCGUGGCCAACGGAGCUGACCUGAUUAUCCUAGGUGGAAAUCCAUUGUUUCUACAGCACUUUCAGUUCGACUGGGUGGACUAUGGUCUUGCCAACUUAAGAUCGAACCUGCUACCCAGAAUUUGUGCAUACACCCUUCCAAUUGUUAGGGUGCUGAUUCAACUUGAGAGGGAAAACCCAGGCUACUAUAGAACAAGGCCAGAAGGUUACAUGGAGCAGCGUAUGCGGAGGUGGCAUCCUUUGAUGGAAGCGAUGGCACAUCUGCUGUUUGCUCCUUCGGCCAUGAACAAUGGAGGUGGUGUCGACAAUGGAAAUGCAGGCGCCUCUUCAAGUGACAGGAACCAAGAAGAAGCAUCUUGUAACAAGAGUGAGCUGGGGGUUACAGUGCAAGGCGGCGAUGGAGUGCCCAGCAGAAAUGUGUUGAUGAUAGAAGGUUCAGAUAGAAAUGGUGCAUCCCUAACCAUCGCAGAUAUAGAUGCACAUCAGCUGAUCAGCCCUGUUAACCAUACCGAAGGGGGGGACAAUGCUGGCACACUUAUAGUUAGCAUGCGUGAUGCCGCGGACCAGGCAAUGAGUGAAUCAGGUGAAGACGAUGAAAGCUACGACACUGCUUCAGAAGAUGAUCGACAGUUGGUUGCAGCAAUAGAUGCCUCCCUUGCAGAUCAGGCACGUGUAGCAUGACUGCCGCCUGUGGUAAUUGAGGAAGGAGGCUACGAAGCUCGUCAACGCAGCCGCAUAGUGGAAAUUGCAGCAGAUGACCCUGGUAAACAGGUGAUGGAGCCAUGUAUUGGCUUUGAGUCAUCAGACAGUGAUGAGGACAUGCAGAGUCGGUAUGAACA